AUGUCCCUGAAUACCAAGAGGGUGCACCGUGGCAGUGUUGUGGAGUUUGAAAGCGACGACACUAAAGAAGCACAGGCAAAAAAGACAUGGAGUGUAGCAGGAUCAGCUUUGAUCUACCUCAAGGGUCCAAAGUUUCCGAUUUACGUCAGUGGUGCAUUGUCCAUGUGGGGCGACCGCAUGUGGCACUUUGCAAUUUCUGUGUUCCUCAUUGAACUUUAUGGGCAUAACCUGCUUCUGACUGCUAUAUUCGGUCUAGUGGUAGCAGGUUCUGUGCUGCUGUUUGGAGCUUUGAUUGGUGAUUGGGUUGAUAGAAAUCCAAGAAACAAAGUUGCACAUGCAUCCUUGUUCAUUCAGAACAUAUCCGUCAGUGUCUGCAGCAUUGUGCUGAUGUUGGUGUUCUCUUACAAACAGUGGAUUGAACACAUUUGGGAUGGCUGGUUAACUGUGGUUUGUUAUACGGUGGUGAUCAUCCUGGCAGAUGUGGCGAACCUUGCGAGCACAGCCCUCACCAUCGCCAUUCAGAGGGACUGGAUUGUCGUCAUCACAGGGUACAACAGAGGACACCUUGCUGAGAUGAACGCCACCAUGAGGAGAAUCGAUCAGGUGACCAACAUCCUGGCUCCUCUGGCAGUGGGUCAGGUGAUGACCUUGGCCUCCAAUGUGGUUGGCUGUGGUUUCAUACUUGGCUGGAACCUGGUCUCUCUGAUAGUGGAGUUUAUUUUCCUCUCGAGAGUCUAUAAAAUAAUUCCAGCGUUGUCUAUGAAACUAAAGCCUGAAGAAUGUGAAGAUCAGCUUCAAUGCAAAAACGGAUCCCAUUGUCUUGCAGGUGAUCUCCAGGUUGCUGAGGUACCUGAGUUUACAGAAGAGAACUGCCACAUCAGCUUGCAUCUCAAGGACAUCACACAUCUUCCAUUGUGCCUGAGAAAGCUUAAAUGGCUACUAAUCACCUGCAAAGAUGGCUGGAAGGCUUAUUACAGGCAAUCUGUUUUCCUGGCUGGCAUGGGCUUAGCCUUUCUCUACACCACAGUCUUGGGGUUUGACUGUAUAACAACUGGGUAUGCCUACACUCAGGGGAUCAGCGGGUCUCUGCUCAGCCUGCUCAUGGGGGUCUCAGCCGUGACUGGACUCAUAGGCACCAUCAUGUUCACCAAGCUAAGGAGAGUUUAUGGCUUAGUGACAACAGGGAUCAUAUCAAGUUGCCUUCACCUGGCAUGCCUGAUGCUUUGUGUGUUUUCUGUCUUUGCACCUGGCAGCCCCUUGCACCUCAACAUGUUGUCUCCCUUUCCGGAUUCCAAUUCCUCUGCUCAUGAGGGCAAUUCAGGACAGAAGGAGCUGCAUUCAUUCCCUCUCCAAGGCAGUGUCAACCAGCCUCUGUUACCAGACCGCUCCUCCAUACACUGGACCAACAACACUGUGCUGCUUGAGCGUGUGCCCUCGGGAAAUGCCCCAGACUCCUACAUCUCCAUUGUAUUGCUCUUCUUGGGGGUCAUUACUGCAAGAAUCGGCCUGUGGUCCUUUGAUCUGACUGUCACUCAGCUUCUACAAGAGACCAUAUCCGAGUCAGAGCGGGGGGUGGUGAAUGGGGUCCAGAGCUCCAUGAACUACCUGAUGGACCUCAUGCACUUCGUCAUGGUGAUAUCUGCACCCCAGCCCCAGCACUUUGGAAUCCUGGUCAUCAUAUCUGUCUUGUUCGUCACGGCUGGGCACACCAUGUACUUCCUCUACGUUAGAGAAGCCAAAAGAAAACGCAGGCCUAAGACGUAAAGCAGGCAAACAACAGCUAAAAAAAAAUAAUACAUCAAUCCCAGGCCUGUGAAAUGAAUGUCUCAUUCAGUAAUGCCUGUGUUCAUAUUGCCACGACACAAUGCAAUAAAA